CGUCCCGUCCCAAGCCCGGCCUGUUGCCUGCCCUACGUAGAAACGACGGCCUCCAUGAAACGCGUCCAACGCUUCUAAAUUCCCUCCCCGCCCCUGCGGAUGCUGCUUCUACACGCUAAGCAGCUUUCAAUUUUCAUCUCUGAUAAAGAGAGAGGAUCAAUCUUUUCGAUAGCAGAAACUAGAGAGAGAUAGAGAAGGCACCUGGUUCUUCCCAAUUUCUUAGAGAGAGAGGGGGGGGGAUCAUUUGUAUGUCUGAGAAAGCAGCUGGGGAUAUGGAAGGUUGUUACAGAGACCGUAGACCUGAUGCCCUCGGAGACUUGAGAGUGCUCCCUGAUGAACUCAUCUGCUCCAUUCUCGACUUUCUCUCUCUUCGUGAUGUUGCUCGCCUUUCUUGUGUCAGCAGUGUUAUGUAUAUAUUCUGCAAUGAAGAGCCACUUUGGAUGAACCUAUGUCUCGCCAAUGCUGAGGGCCUGCUCGAGUACAGAGGUUCCUGGAAAAAGACUGCUAUACACCAUUUACGUCUUUCCAACGAAGUUUCAGAAUCUUGCAGAAAACCUUUGACAUUUGACGGAUUCAAUUCUUUGUUCCUGUAUAGAAGGUGGUAUCGGUGUUUUACUAUGUUGAAUGAUUUUUCCAUUGACAGAGGUGUGGAUAGGAGAAAAGACCUCUCUAUUGAGGAGUUUUAUGCUCAUUAUGAUGGGCAGAUACCGGUUUUGCUAACUGAAUUGGUCAAUAAUUGGCCUGCAAAAAGCAAAUGGACUACAGAUUAUUUACUUCAGAAUUAUGGAGAAACUUCAUUUCGGCUUUCUCAGAGAAGUGCAAAGAAAAUCGUUAUGAAAUUUAAGGAUUACAUCUCAUAUAUGAAAUCUCAACAUGAUGAGGAUCCUCUUUACAUCUUUGAUGAGAAGUUUGUGGAAGUUGCACCAGGUUUGUUGAAAGAUUAUGCUGUACCUCAUCUCUUUGAAGAAGACCUAUUUGAUGUCCUGGAUAUAUCAGAACGACCAUCUUUUAGGUGGUUAAUUAUUGGGCCUGAAAGGUCUGGUGCAUCAUGGCAUGUAGAUCCUGCACUUACAAGUGCCUGGAACACUCUUCUGGUUGGGCGGAAAAGGUGGGCAUUAUAUCCACCUGGUAAAGUACCUGUAGGAGUUACAGUAAACGUAAGUGAGGAAGAUGGUGAUAUCAACAUUGAGUGUCCAUCAUCGUUGCAGUGGUGGCUAGAUAUUUAUCCCCUUCUUGCGGAUGAAGACAAGCCAUUGGAGUGCACACAAUUACCUGGAGAAACAAUAUUUGUUCCUAGUGGGUGGUGGCACUGUGUGCUAAAUCUAGAGACUUCGAUUGCUGUCACUCAGAACUUUGUUAAUACAAAAAAUUUUGGAUUUGUUUGUCUUGAUAUGGCUCCGGGUUAUCGUCAUAAAGGAGUUUGUCGUGCUGGAAUGAUUGCUAUUCAGGAAAACAGCUUCGGGACCAGCAAAAUAGGCCCAUCUUGUGUUACAGAGCAGUUUAAUGACUUGGACACUGGUAGGAGGGAGAAAAGGCUCAAAGUUACCAGUCGUCAUGAGCAUCGCGACAAUGGACCUGAUUCAAUUGUUGGGAAUGGCAAAUUUUACCAAAAUGGAAAUGACAAAGUUGUGAGCAAUGGAGAAGGAGAAUCACAACCCCAUGGAUUGAAAUCUCAAGAAUAUUCUUAUACUGUAGAUUUCUUAUCCAUGUUUCUCGAGGCACAUAGAGAUCACUACAAUUCAAUCUGGAGUCCAAGCAAUUGCAUUGGUCAAAGAGAAUUUCGGGAAUGGUUGCUCAAACUUUGGGUUUUAAAACCAGGGAUGAAGGAAAUGAUUUGGAAGGGUGCAUGCAUAUCAUUAGAUGCUGAUAAGUGGUUGGAGCGAGCAAUGAAAAUAUGUGCUUCACAUAAUUUGCUCUCGUCUUCAUUGGAGAAUGAGAAGCUUCCUGUUAGUACAGGGAGUAACCCGGUUUACUUUGCUGGGGAACACGUUAUAAAGAUUUAUGUGGAAGGAGGCUUGGAAGCUUCUGUUAACAGUUUGGGCACAGAGCUGGAGUUCUAUAGUCUACUUUGCAAAGUCAAGUCACCUUUAAGAGAACACAUUCCAAAGGUUUUGGCAAGUGGUAUUCUUUUUUAUGAAAGUGGUUCCUACGGAACUGUUUCUUGGGAUGGGAAAGGAGUUCCAGAUAUAAUUGCUAAAAGCAAUUUGAUUUCUGGAGACAGUGUGGCUGAUGAUUUUUCAUUUGGCAUACGGAACAAGAAACGAUUUGAAUUAAACACGGCUGAAUGGAAGAAACCACAAAAUGGAGUCGUUUCUAGUUCAUGCACUAAAAUAUGGCCUUACAUGAUCACAAAAAGAUGUGAUGGGGACAUUUUUGCUCAUAUACGAGAUAGACUGUCAUGGAAUGAUAUUCUCAAUUUAGCAUCAUUUCUGGGUGAUCAAGUUCGCUGCCUUCACUUACUUCCAUUGCCAUCUUUUCCAAAUUCAUAUCAUCCCCUGUCCUUGGAGGAUGCAGAAAACAUCGGUAAGAACAAAGCAUGUGUCAAUGAUGAAGAAUUGGGCAGUAAGGUGCCUUUAGAGAACAAUUUUCAAGCAGUUAAUGAAAGCUUUAUACCUUUACAAUGGGAGUUGUUUGUUGAAAUAAUGAAGAGAAGGCAGAAAAAUGUCUUGACUCGCCUAGCUAAAUGGGGCGAUAUACCGAACACUUUGUUAGAGAAAGUUGAAGAGUAUCUCCCACACGAUGUGUCUUUGCUGAUUAGCAAAUAUAAGGAUAAUGAAGGUCGUACUGCAGGAUGCAAGGCUCCUACUUGGAUACACUCAGAUAUUAUGGAUGAUAAUAUUCAAAUGGAACCAUCAUCUUCUAGUCAGUUCUCCGAUACUAUGGACUCAGAUGCAAGACUGGUGGGGAAUAACCUGAUGGAAGUCGAUACAGGUGACAUCGAAGUGAGGAAAUGGCAUCCUAGCUAUGUUCUCGAUUUCAGUGAUCUAUCUAUUGGGGAUCCUUUAUGUGACUUGAUACCCAUACAUCUGGAUGUCUUCAGAGGUGAUGUCAAUCUGCUUAGGUGCUUCCUACAAAGUUAUAAGCUUCCUUUCAUCUAUAGGUCAGAAGCCAACUUGACUUCAAAUAGUCAAGAAGACAAUAAAAGGAUUGGACGAACCUCCUACCAUAUCAUGUGUUACUGCAUUUUGCACGAGGAUAAUGUUUUGGGGGCAAUAUUCAACCUUUGGAAGGACUUACGAAAAGCUACAUCAUGGGAAGAAGUCGAAGAGAGGGUAUGGGGCACCUUGAAUGAUUAUCAAGGUUUUUUUGAUAAUUGAUUAUCAACUCUAUUGAGAGAGAAUUUAAUGGCCUAACUUUUUCUUGUCUAAUUUCUUUGCAUGUUCAUAUGGGAUUGUUAAUAAUGAAAUGGUAUGAUUUAUUUCUUUCCUUA